AUGUUCGAAUCCAAUGACUCCAGUUCUAAGACCAUUGGCCAUAGUGGCCAGGUCCCGGACACUCCCUCCCGCCCACCAUCCAGUAGCUCCUCGACCCGCUCCGAUGGCACAAUAGAGUCCAUCCGGCCGGCGGCCCACCCUAAUGCCGAUGACGGGGUGCUCGACCGGUGUUCGACGCACCAUUCUCUCGGCCCGGACAUGCCUAUUGAGCCAAUAAACUCGGUGGUCGAAGUCCCUGAUGAGGUAUACGACCGGCUGCCACCUCACCGGAAGCUAGUCAUCGUGUUCCUCUUAUCGUUCUGCUCAUUCCUAGCACCUAUAUCUAGUACGUCGGUGUUAGCAGCUACGCCCGAAGUAGCGGCCGAGUAUGGCACGACGGGACCCAUUAUCAACAUGAUCAACGCCCUAUACAUGCUGUUCAUGGGCUUGUCGCCUAUUUUCUGGGGACCGCUAAGCCAGGUUUAUGGCAGGAAAAUAAUCACUGUCAUAACGGCUAUAGGAUUCCUCGGGUGUAGCAUUGGUACGGCAUUGGCGCCGAAUCUAGGAGCUUUCUUCGUGUUCCGUCUCCUGACGGCAUUUGAAGGCACUUCCUUCAUCUUGGUCGGCGCAUCUGUCAUUGGUGACAUGUAUCGCCCGACAGAACGUGCAACGGCUCUAGGCUGGUUCCUUACAGGGACACUAGUAGGGCCCGCCCUGGGACCCUUCAUAGGCGGCAUCAUCGUCACAUACACGUCGUGGCGCGUGAUAUUCUGGCUCCAAACAGGGUUGGCGGGCAUCGCAGCCGUCGGAUCGUACUUCCUACUUCCCGAGACUAUCUACCACAAGAAGAUCGACGACCUAGUAGGCUACAGCGGCUCGGCGAAGGUCAAGGUCUUGCUUACUAUGAUCAAUCCGUGGCGAGUUAUACGACUAUGGGAGUAUCCGAAUCUAUUUCUCACCGGCAUAGCUAGUGCCUCUCUGGUCUGGAAUAUGUAUUCCCUACUUACGCCCAUCCGGUACGUAUUGAACCCAAGAUACAACCUUACGACACCGAUGCAGGGCGGCCUGUUCUAUCUCGCGCCCGGCUGCGGCUAUCUCCUCGGCACGUUCAUCGGAGGGCGGUACGCGGACUACGUCGUGAAGAAGUACAUUAAGAAACGGGGCAUGCGCAUUCCAGAAGACCGCAUGUAUUCGGCUUUACCAUUCAUGGGUAUCGUUAUCCCUGGUUGCGUCCUGAUCUACGGCUGGAGCGUGGAGAAAGACGUCGGUGGAAUCCCCUUGACGGUGGUAGUGUUAUUCUUGCAAGGCGUGGCACAACUUUUUUGUUUUCCCAGUUUAAACACCUAUUGCUUAGACGUGAUGCCAGGACGUGGAGCAGAGGUAACAGCGGGCAACUACGCGAUUCGCUACCUAUUUGGCUGUGCCGGUAUGGCAGUGGUUCUCCCAGCUAUCGAAGGCAUUGGAGUUGGCUGGUUCUCGACCAUCAGCGCGUUGUUCGUCUUCACGGGCACCGUCUGCGUGUACGUGUCUAUCAAAUGGGGCAACGACUGGAGGCUGAGUGUAGACGCCAGGAGGAGGAGAAGGGCUAGAGGGAAGAUACCAGAUGAGAAUAAUGGUGAUAUGCGGGAAAAGGCCGGAAAGAUGAUGGGUGGCCCGGCUACUGGUACCCGUCAAAACCCGCUGACGACGCGCGGGGUGGAGCAGCACAAAGAAGAGGUAUAA